AUGUGGCGGGCCUGGAACCCGCGGGGCUCGAACCCGCGGCCUCCCCGGAGGCAGGCGGCGCCCAGGCACAGCAGCGCCGCGGCCGCGGCGCUGCUGUGCCUGGGCGCCGCCUGCCUCCUGGGGGGCCGCGGGUUCGAGCCCCGCCACCGCCUGCUCGGCGCCGCCGAGCUGCGCCGCUACCGGGGCGCUCCGGGGGACCCCGGGCUGUACCUCGCUUUGCUCGGGAGGGUUUUUGACGUGCAGAGCGGCCGCCGACACUACGGGCCGGGCGGGGCUUACAGCGCGCUCGCAGGCAGAGAUGCCACCAGAGCGUUUGCCACGGGCGACUUCAGCGAGUCCGGGCUGGUGGACGACGUGUCAGCACUGUCCCCGCAGGAGCUGCUCUCCAUCCAGGGCUGGCUGAGCUUCUACAGAGAACACUACGAGCCUGUGGGGAAGCUGGUGGGCAGGUUCUACGAUGAGAACGGGGCACCCACAGAAGCCCUGAGGGAGGCUGAGGCUGCCAUUGAGGAAGCUCUGAAAUUUCAAGCAGAGAGUGAGCAGAGGAAGCAGCAAUUCCCACCCUGCAACUCUGAGUGGAGCUCUGCCAAGGGCACCCGCUUCUGGUGCUCCACAGAGAGUGGGGGAGUGAGCAGAGGCUGGGCCGGAGUCCCUCGCAGGCUGUACCGCCCUGGCUCCAGGGGCAGUGGCUGUGUGUGUGUGAGGAGCACAGGGCCCCCCUGGGGCCACCCUCCCUCCUCCCAGCACAGCGACAGGGGGGACCUGGAUGACCCUCACCUGCAGGAGUACGAGGGCUGCCCUCCCCUGGCCGAGCAGUGUGUGCUCCCGGGCUGAUUCCAGCUGCUGCAUCCAUGGGGAAUCCUGCAGGGAACAUGGCACGAGGGUGGGGGGGGGCAGCUCCAGCUCCACCCCUUCCACCUGCCUGUGCCAAUAGCAAUUCCAUAUUAUUUGUGAUGCUUUUUAACCUGUGGAGAUGGAGGUGAGGGAGGGGGGAAACACUUU